UGGAGCAUGAACUGGCUUCUUGCAAUAACAAAAGCAACUUUCAUUGUGAAUGAACGACUGCUGGCUGGGGUGAAACGCGAAUAUUCCUGUCAUGCGGCAGCAAUUAUUCCUGAGCAUUUGUUGUUUUUCACAGUCAAGUGUUUUUGUUGCCGUUCAGCUGAUUGCUUAUGCUAAGUCAGUGAUUGAUUUGUUAUUGUUGCAAUUUAAAUCUCAUUUGCGGUUGUGGCACUUACAUUUGACUCCUUAAGGCACUAUGGAUUGGAAGUAUUUGCAUAUUGGCAAUUAAAUCGUCCUUUCAGUUUCAGCAUCAUAUCGGCGGUUAGUGUCAGCAGUUUUCUGCAGCUCGCACGAAAGUGGCCCAAUCUGAUAAAGCAUAUGCAUCGCUGCGAAGUUGUAUUUCUACAGAAAUCCUAUGCUAACGGAGAAUCCCGUAACUUCACUAAGAACGUUCGUAAAUUUGGCGCCAUUUUACUUUUCGGUGCGGCAAUGGAGCACUCUGUGUACAUUGGAACUGCAAUUUUCAAUAAUGAUUUUCAAAUUAAGAAGUGCAACUUAACGGUGGAUUUUUGGAAGAAUUAUUACAUGCGCGAACGUUUGCAGAUAUUUUCGAUAUUCAACUACCACGCUUGGUUGAUUCCAUUAGUGCAGUGGAUUACCAUAUCGACUACUUUCGCUUGGAACUAUGUGGACAUAUUUUUAAGCAUGAUAUUUCGUUGUUUUGCGAUACGAUUUAGGCAGAUGCAUUGGAGAAUCAAGCGCCAUGCUAAAAAGCAAAUGCCUGAUGAAUUCUGGCAGCAGGUGCGUACUGAUUUCAUGGGUCUAGUAGACUUGUUGCAUCGUUACGACGAUGGACUGUCAAUCUUGAUACUUGUGUCUUGUUGCAAUAAUCUUUACUUUAUAUGUGUGCAAAUAUUCCACAGCUUCAACAAUCGAGACAAUUUUAUGAAGGAGUUUUAUUUUUGGUUUUCGUUGCUAUUCGUUUUGGUGCGAAUCUUGACAAUGAUGCUGUCGGCCGGUGCGGUGCAUGAUGAAGCGAAUCAAAUAAUGUCGACCAUGUAUGAGAUCCCAACUAAGUUUUGGUGCCUCGAACUCAAACGCUUAAAUGAAAUCAUCGUUCACGAUUUGGUCUCAUUUAGUGGUAAGGGUUUCUUCUAUUUAACGCGUCGCCUCAUAUUUGCCAUGGCUGGCACUAUUGUUGUGUAUGAAUUGGUGCUAAUCGAUCAGGUGGAGGAUAAGGAUGUGGCUACAGACUUUUGCACAUCACGCAAUGUUUAAGCGCUUAGAAAGGCAGAAGAGCCGAGAUACAAUAUUCAAGCAAACCAACUAAAUAAAUAGAACAAAAAUAAAUAAUUUUUCAAACUAAGAGCACAUGCGCACUCAUUUCAGUAAAUAUGUUACCAUUUUCCUCACAAAUACAACAACAACUGU